GACUAGCACGGUUGGAAAAGAACCACCAAUCAUCAAUGUCAUUGGUGAUGGUCGUGGCGCGAAUAAAAUAUAUGUACACGUAAAUAUAUACACCGUAAAGUGUCAAAUUUUUGUAUCGAGGAAUAAUGUCAACGGACACGGAUAUCAGUUCCUUAAAGGACGAAAACGAUAAAAAUAAGCUAAGAGUUUACUGCACGUUUUGCCCGUCGAAAAUACUGAAUGCAGGUGCAGGCCGUUUAGUAAACGUCGAGUUUAAACUACCCUAUGUACAACGUAAGGGAGAGGGUGAAGCAGAUCAGCAGGAAUCGAUAACAGACUAUUGGUUGGUGGAGGACAUGUACACUUUCGAAAAUAUCGGUCUCUCGCUAACUGUAGACAACAUAAAGUACUUAGCGUGCGCGGAUUGCGAAAGAGGCCCUGUAGGUUGGCACGACUUGUCCACAAAAAAGUCUUAUAUAGCCCUAAGCAGAGUUAAGCACGAAUGAUCUACGAAUAAAGGUGUUUUUUAAUUUUA